CGAUCCCGGCCCAUCAGUAGCUUCUUGCUUGCCAUAACACAUAGAUGAUUUCGACUUUUUUCUGUAGUUUGUUCCUGCUGGGGUACUUCCUCGUAGUUCAAGGGGAACGAAUCGCCGAACAAAAAUGUUCCGAGUACCAAAAGCUGAGCAUGAAACAGGUCGUGUUCAUUCCACUGACGGUCAAGCCCAAACCGGUGUCGUUUGCGGGAUCUGACUGCUCCAAAACGGUGGACCUGAUCGUUGGUGGCGAAGCAGCUAAGCCCGGCGAGUUCCCACACCAAGCACUGUUGGGAUAUCCGGACGCGGAUGCCCCUGAGGGUUACCGAUUCAAAUGUGGAGGAUCACUGAUCAGUGAGCGAUUUGUUCUGACAGCAGCUCAUUGCUUCGUGGAUGGAUAUCCGACGAUCGUGCGACUUGCCGAGCACAAUUUGCGGAACGAGUGGGACGAUCAGGAGGACUUUGAUGUUCAAUCGUUCAAAAAACAUCCUUAUUACAGUCAUCGAUCCGCCUACCACGAUAUCGCUCUUAUUGAGCUAAAAACCGAGGUGAGGUUCUCCAAGCUGAUCCGGCCAGCAUGCUUGUGGACAAGCUCAACAAUCGAUGUUCCGUCGGUGAUUGCUACCGGCUUUGGACUCAACGAGACAGUUGGUGAAAUGGCGGACGUUCUUCAAAAGGUGCAACUUGAUUUCCUAGAUCAUGCAGUCUGUGAGAAAGCAUUUACCAGCGAAAGGAAGUUUUCCCGCGGUGUUUUGGACAGUCAGCUAUGCAUUGGAAGCACUCGCGGUGGCAAGGACACCUGCCAGGGGGACUCCGGAGGUCCGGUGCAGGUGAUUAUAGAUCCCAAGGGAUGCACAUACCACAUCCUCGGCGUGACAUCGACCUCGCUUGGAGGGUGUGGCUUGGGGAACUCUGCUGCGAUCUACACCAAGGUGUUUAGCUAUAUCGAUUGGAUCGAAGACGUUGUGUGGGGGGUGAAGCCCGAUGACGGAGCAAUUAGAUUUUUGGAUGAUGACUAAAUCCGGGGAACAAAUUUGUUUACAAAAUCAUCCCAGCUCUAGUUAGUUGAUUCAAUUUUAUUUGGUUAAUAAAGAUCUAAUUCUAGAAAAAUAAAAAUAAAAG